AUGCGAUUAUCGAAAAGAUUCAAGGCGCAAGGCCUGGAAAUGCGAUGUGCUCGAUAUAUCCAAGAGAAUGUAAAUAAAAAAUCACCAAUGGUCGCGUUGUGCUGGUUGAAUUGGGUGUUGAAGCAUAAAUUCGAUCGUGCCUCUCAUGACGCAUGUCUACCGUGUGUUGCCAGUGCUUCACUUCAGUGUCUCGAACAGCACCGUAAUAUGAUCACAGAGAAACUAUUGGCCGAUUUGCUGGCAGCUAAACUCAGGAUGCUCUAUGAUCAGGUUUGCUUACUGCUAAAAAACUGA